AUGGAUACCACCAAGAAACAACUUUCACUCCCUCCCUCAAGUGGUGGCUCUUCCGGAGACCAGGUGCGUCAAAGUUCGACAUGUCAAAGCUCGCUGCUAAACCCGAGGCAGCUGCAUCAACAGGACCAGGCUCCAGAAGGCGUCGACUCUGCUGCUCCCUCUCCAAAGCAAGCGCAGGUCCCACAGCAAGAGCGUAGCGAGAGGGAGACGAAUAUGAACAAACGAAAACUCUCAGAGGAGUCGUGCCCAGAGAAGAGAAGGAGAACCGAAGCAGGGGCGGCCAUUGUGCCUGCGGAGGAUUUGAUCGAACAAGGACAGUCUGGGAGCGUGACUGAGUCGACAGAGUCUGCUCUUUCAGGCGAAGGAGCCUCAGACGAAUUAGAUUCAAACGGAACGGCGUCAGACGAGGCAGAGUCGGAAGAAACACCCACAGACGAAGCAGAAUCAGACGAAGCAGAAUCAGACGAAGCAGAAUCAGACGGAGCAGAAUCAGACGAAGCAGAAUCAGACGAAGCAGAAUCAGACGGAGCAGAAUCAAGCGGAGCAGAGUCAGACGAGACAGAGUCGGAAGAAACACCCACAGACGAAGCAGAAUCAGAAGCAGAAUCCGACGAAGCAAAUGCAGAAGAAGCAGAUACAGACGAGGACGAACCAGACGAAGCCGAACCGGACGAAGUAGAUGCAGGCGAGCCGGACGAAGCAGAUGCAGGCGAAGCAGGCUCAACCUCAGCGCGGUGCGACGGCGGAGACCGAUGUCAGUGUGGUACGAUCGAGCACUGGGUCAGCACCGGCAUGUGGCCAAAGCGUUUCCUUGCGGCCCCAUUGAGUAAGUUGGGCAUCACAUUCAGACCCCUAUCAGGCUACUCAUCAGAGACGGCCACAUCAUAUUCUCGAGGCACACUGAUGGCUGGGUGGGAGGAAGAAGACGUGCUGGAGCAGGCGGGGAUCAUCCUCGACGACGAGAAGGGUGGCAAGUUAUUGUCCCAAGCCAGCAAGGAAUUCGUGGAGGAAAUGCAUGCUCUGAAGGCGGACUACGAAGACCCUGCUUACUCGCCCUUCCCGCUCCACAGUUUCACUGCCUUCUCGUUCCAGAUCCGCCCUCGCAACGCGUCCCGGAUGUUUCGCGAUGUCUGUUCGAUGCUUGUGCCUUCGGCAGAGCUCCUCUACCUCGGCGGCCAGGACCACUUGGAACAUGUGGUCGAAGAAGUCCUUACACCAUGGAGACCGUGGACCAAACCCGACAAAUUGCCAGGCCCGAUUCCCAUGCCAUAUCUUGCUGUCGGCAUAUCCGGAUCGGGUUUCAAUUCCGAAGAAAUUGCCAAGCUGGACGCCUACUCCGCGAAGGGAAGACCGACGCUGUUCACGGACGAAAUGUACUUUCCGUUCCUCAUCUGUGAAGCGCUGGUUAAAGAGUCCAGAUUCGGUCAAACCGACACUCGCGCCGCAAGAAGCGGCAGUAUGGCUGUGAACGCCAUCGUCCAGCUAUGCCGGGCUUUGGGAGACGACGAAGCAUCGAAACUCAGCGGCCAGGUCCUUGUCUUCUCAGUUUCCCAGGAUUAUGGGUGGGUGACGGUCUACGGACACUAUGCCAUCAUCAAAGGAGCCAAGAUUACCUUCUAUCGCUCCCACGUCGAUAUAUUCUUUCUCACCGCAGCUCCGGCAGCCAAGAACAGCAAGAACACACCUGAUUUCGUGCGAAAGAUUUAUGACGACUUCUACCCCAAGCAUCUGGCGAGGAUCAAAGAGAUUCUCGGCAAGAUGACGUCUCCCAAAGCGCCAUCGACCGCGUCUACUAUUGCUUCCGAAAUGACUCGGCCGCUGCAGUUGGAUUUCGAGACGAAAUCUUCUGCACAACCUGUCAUAAUCCCCAAUGCGCCCAAUGCUUUCGCCAGUAUGACACAAGACGUGAAGCAUGCUGUCAGUCUCAUAGAGGUGCUGGUGGGUAAGUAUCGCGGGGAGCGGGAUUGGGAGAAGAAAUCGCGCCGGGAGCUGAUGGAAAGAGACCAGAAGGUGGAGGAGAAGUUGGAUCAGGAGCGUGAUGAGCAGAUCGAAAAGCUUCAGAAGCAGGUGAGCGAGCUGAAGGAACUGAUGGAGAGGCAGGAGGAGCAGGAGACCAAAGGGCAGGAGAAGUUACCAACGGAUGGGGAGGCCCUGAAUCGACACUGA